AUGUUGUCCGUGUGUUGCAAAGAAAUUUCAAGACCGAGGGCUGUGGUGACUUUAGUCAAGACCGCGUCCUUAGCCACUGCCGCCGCCAGGGUGGAAACGAAUGAAAAGAAGCAUGUCAAGACACCGGAAACCGAAUCAUUCUGUAUGAAUCUGUUUCGCGGUCGUGCAGUAAUCAACCAAAUAUUUCCGUAUCCACUAAAGCUCGAUGACGAUCGGCGUGAAACAUUACACCUCAUCGCUGGUCCUAUGGAAAAAUUUCUUGAGGAAGUGAACGACGUCGUUAAAAACGACGAAAAGAUGGAAAUUCCAAAGGAAGUGCUAAAGCAGUUCAGCGAACUCGGCGCUUUUGGUGCGCUAGUCCCACCGGAGUACGAAGGUGUUGGUAUGAAUAAUAGUCAAAUGGCGAAGAUGGCGGAGAUUGUUGGUUCGCACGAUCUCGCACUUGGAGUCGUAAUGGGCGCUCAUCAGUCCAUCGGUUACAAAGGCAUUCUUCUGUUUGGAACUGAAGCACAGAAAGCGAAGUAUCUGCCAGAUUUGGCUACUGGCCGGAAAUUUGCGGCUUUUUGUCUUACAGAACCUAGUAGCGGUUCUGAUGCAAAUUCAAUUCGUACUCGUGCGGAGAAAAGCCCUGACGGAAAGCAUUACAUUUUGAAUGGUGGUAAAAUAUGGAUCAGCAAUGGAGGAUUUGCCGAGAUUUUUACCGUAUUUGCCCAGACUCCAAUAAAGCAGCCGGAUGGUACAACCAAAGAUAAAGUAUCUGCAUUUAUCGUUGAACGUAGCUUUGGUGGAGUCACUAAUGGACCACAAGAGAAAAAAAUGGGCAUCAAAGGAUCUAACACAACAGAAGUCCAUUUCGAAAAUGUCAAGAUUCCUGUUGAGAAUCUUCUUGGUGGCGAAGGUGAGGGAUUCAAAGUGGCCAUGAAUAUCCUCAACAAUGGCCGUUUUGGAAUUCCGGCGGCAUGCACUGGAGCCAUGAAAUUUUGCAUACAAAAAACCGUAGAUCACGUAACACAACGAGUACAAUUUGGUCAAAAACUGCAGGAUUUUUUCAAUGUUCAGGAAAAACUCACCAAUAUGAUUGCUCGUCAUUACGCUACUGAGUCAAUUGUUUAUCUACUCGCUUCCAACAUGGACCGCGGUAUUCAGGACUAUCAGCUAGAAGCUGCUAUCGGCAAAGUUGCUGCUUCGGAAAACGCCUGGUGGGUAUGCGAUGAAGCUAUUCAGCUUCAUGGUGGCAUGGGUUUUAUGACUGAGACUGGCUUGGAACGAGUAAUGAGAGAUCUUCGAAUAUUUAGAAUCUUCGAGGGUGCAAAUGAUGUUAUGAGACUUUUCGUGGCCCUUACUGGAGCACAACAUGCUGGCAAACAUCUUCAACAAGUCGCGAAAGACAUCAAAGCGGGAGGAAUCGGAACACUAUUUGGGCAAGUAAUAAAGCGAGCAACAGGCGGAAGCACUGGUGGAGACUUUGAGGCCGUUGUUGAUCCUGCGCUUAUGGAAUCAGCCAAGGAACUGGACUCAUGUAUCAAAGAAUUUGGAAAAACUAUCGAAAAACUUUUGAUGAAAUACAGAAAAGGAAUUAUAGACCGGCAAUACGAAUUGAUCCGUGUCGCGGACGCAGCUAUAGACAUUUACAGUAUGAUAGCUACUUUGUCCAGAUGCACAAACUCUUGUAAAAACAACGUAGCAAGCUCAGCACACGAGAGGGAAAUAGCGACUUAUUUUUGCAGCAUAGGUUGCCGUCGCGCCAUGCAUAAUCUGAAGGAAGCCUCUGGAGGUCACGACAGGGACAUCAAACUGGUCACGUCUAUUGCUACGACUGUAUGCAGAAAUGGAGGAUUGCAACAGCAGCACCCAACUGAUAUUUGAAUUAAUCUGGAUGUACGAAAGAUGGCUCCUUUGCUUGAUUUUUGUAUAGCUGAUGUAAUGUUGACUGACACUUGAUAUUACCUUAUUAGAUUAACCUCAUUGCAAAUGACCAUCAAAGACUUCAAAUUUACUAAGCGGGUAAGGAAUGAAUUAUUUUGAUAGGGAACAAUCUCUUCGUUUGCGAUUUCUGCCUGACUACAAACAUGCUAUAUAUCUGCGAGUGCUGAAUUUGCUCAUUUAUGAAAGCUCUGUCUCUAUGCUGACCCCUACCAGCUUUGCAAUCGCGUUAAAAUUGUGAUAUGCUCUCGCCAUUCUGCUCACACUUAUGUCUAUGCGGAUCAUAUGUUCGAGCAACCUGAUUCUUCCA